AUGUUCCGACCAACCACCGCCACCAUCAAAACCGACCCACCACCGGAAAUCCACACCAAACUCCGACCACCACACGAAACCGACAUGGAAACUUCCUCCCUCACCGCCGACCCUCAGGUACGUCUCGCGCUCUACAUCGCAAUGGCCCACGCCGGCGUCGCGUUCGCCAUUUUUGUUCUUUAUGGUUUAAGUAAAGUUCUCGAUAUUUAUCUCCGGCCAUUGUUAUGGGCCGUUAUCUGUUCAAUCCCUCUUCGUGGAAUCCAACAAACCCUAGUUUCGUUUUGGUCGGAGCCCUUGAAAUCCGGUCUAACCGACACCAUUCUCGCCGUACCCACCUGCACAUUUAGGGCUUUCAUCAGCACCAUUGUUGAGAUCACCGAGCUUUUCUUGAAAAUAAUCGGCCAUCCAAGAAGAAGAUUUCCUCAACGGAGAAGACGAAGUGGGUUUUCGAUGGUGUUACGUAGAUUAGUUUCUUUAUGGAUUUUUGUUAUGGCGUAUGAACAAUUUGGUGGUCUUGGUGCUACCUCUUUGUUGAUUUUAGGGUUUAUGUUUACAUCUAGUAAUAUGGGUUGCACCAUGUCUGUUGUUGAGACUUUUAGAAGCUACAGUUUUAAGAGAUCUCCAUAUAGUUCAUUUCUAACAAGAGGGAUCUUGAAAAGAUUGGAAACCAUUGUUGCAAUUGGGUUGAUUAUGGGGAUGAUUGUGGGUACAUUGCUUAUAAGUUUGUUCUUUUCUUAUAAGAUUGGAGUUGAGGGUAGAGAUGCGGUUUAUUCGAUCAAGUUACGAGUCGAAGAGAGCAAUUACGCUGAGAAAAUGGGGGUGAAACAAUGGAUGGCGGAGAAUAACGUGAGCGAAAUGGUGGCGAAUUACACGAAUCAGUUUUACGGGACUGUUUACGAACAUAUCGAUAGUUUAGCGGUGCAGUAUAACAUGACGGAGAUCGUUGAGGAAAUGAAACAUAUAAUGGCGGAACGAUCGACGAAUUCUUCGGCGCCUGCGACUGAGUUGGAAGCCCCGAAUCCGUUUGCCGAAAAGAUUUUGAGCUUGAGAAGAAGGGUGACAAAUCAAGAAUGGUCGGAGAUUUAUCCGGAGGUUAACGCUUUGUUUAAAGAAGUGUUGAUUAGUCGGGAGGAUAUAACCGAAAAGGCGAAAGCGAUGGCUUUUCAAGGAAAAGAUGUGAUUCACCGAGUGUUAGAGAGCGGUCACUCGAUCUUGGGUGGUAGUACGCGGUUGAUUCUUGUGAUACUCGAAUCGAUUUUAACUGGAGCCGCGGGUUUGUUUAGUUUUCUUUCGCAAUCGAUGGUUUUCAUAUGGGUUUUGUACGCUCUUAUAACAUCACAUUCGAGUGGGGUGACGGAACAGGUUAUGUGUAUGAUUCCAAUAUCGAAAUAUGCUCGAACACGAUGUGUUGAAGUGCUCGAUAAAGCGAUUUCCGGGAUUCUUUUGGCGACGGUCGAGAUUUCUUUCUUUCAGGGUUGUUUGACUUGCCUUUUACUCAGAUUAUUCAACAUACAUUUUUUGUAUAUGUCGACUUCAAUGGCGAUGGUUAGCCCGUUCUUCCCGCUGCUGCUGUAUUAUUUUGCAACGAUUCCGGCAGUGUUGCAGUUGGUGCUCGAAGGGCGAUACUUGGUAGCGAUUUGCUUGCCGAUUAUCCAUGUUCUACUAAUUGACUAUGGUGUUAGUGAGAUUCUAGAGGCGAUACCUGGCCACAAUCCGUAUCUCACCGGGCUUAGUAUCUUUGGUGGAGCGGCAUUGUUUCCGAAUGCACUUGAGGGAGCGAUAAUGGGGCCGCUGAUAUUAACGGUCGUGAUUGCUCUGAAGGAUUUGUAUGUGGAAUUUGUUUUGGAUGAACCAAAGGAAAUCAAAACGGCAUAG